GAAAAAAAUGAUCAGAAAUGGAAAAUUCCUUGCGGAAUACCAUGGCGUUUUAUCCAAAGCUGACGACGUGAAGGACAAAGAUACAAACUACACAUAUUUCUUUGACUUUAAUGGUGUCAAGUACUGCAUUGAUGCCUCAGAGGAACCAAAACUGUAUCAACCAUCGUUAGGACGGCUAGUAAAUCAUGCAGACAAAAAACAACAGAGAAAUUCAAGAAUAACAGUCAUUGGUGUGAAUGGGGUUCCUCAUCUUGUACUGUUUGCGACUAGAUUUGACUUGUAAUGAAAACUGCGACGAUGGGUCAGUUCAGUCUCCUGUAGAACGCAGAGCGUGUGAAUACCAAGGGAAGGUCUGUAGUUCGAUUGGUCAUGAGAACAACAACAGUGGUGUAACAUCGGCUUCCAAACGCAAAGCAGAAUUUCCAGUACAAACAGGCAAAAAGAUCAAGGUCGUUUCUUGGACAGAGGAGCAGUUAGCGGUCAUGCAAAGGUCAUUCGCCAAAAUUCUCCGCUGCUUAAGAGUUCCUAACAAGGAGGAAUGCAAACAAGCAAGGAAAAAUGAGAGCCUGUUGCUUUCUCGUGACUGGAAGAUCAUCAAAUUCCG